UCUCUCUCUCUUUCGUUUGGGGAGCGGGGUAACGUAUUUAGAGAGGCAUUUAGAGAAGGCUCACAAAGGAAGCAGCAAUGCGUCUGCCCGUGCUGUUGACACUGCAGGCCGUGUGGGCCGGCCUGUGCCACGCCAUGCAGAACUACCCCGCGGCCUGGGGACACUACGACGUCUGCAAGUCGCAGGUCUACACCGAGGAAGGCCUGACCUGGGAUUACAUGGCCUGCCAGCCCGAGGCAGCCGACAUGACCAAACACCUGAAAGUAACACUCGACCCUCCCAACAUCACAUGCGGAGACCCGCCCGAGACAUACUGCGCUUUGGAAAAUCCUUACAUGUGCAAUAAUGAGUGUGAUGCCAGCACCGAGGAACUAGCACACCCUCCUGAACUCAUGUUCGACUUCGAAGGCCGAAAUCCAACAACAUUUUGGCAGUCCUCCUCUUGGAAAAAAUACCCAAAGUUGCUUCUGGUCAACAUCACCCUGUCCUGGAACAAAACUAUAGAGCUGACAGACGACAUCGUAAUAACAUUUGAGUCUGGUCGCCCGGAGCAAAUGGUCCUGGAGAAGUCCCUGGACUACGGUCGAACUUGGCAGCCAUACCAGUUCUACGCCACAGACUGCUUGGAUGCCUUCAUCAUGGAGCCCAAGACGGUUCAGGAUCUUACUCAGCAGACCUUGCUGGACAUCAUCUGCACAGAGGACUACUCCCGGGGCUAUGUUUGGAAGUAUGACAAAACGGUCCGCUUUGAGAUCAAGGACAGGUUUGCGCUUUUCGCUGGCCCCCGGCUCCACAAUAUGGCCUCCCUGUAUGGGCAGCUGGACACCACAAAGAACUUGAGGGACUUCUUCACCAUCACAGACCUGAGAAUUAAACUCCUCAGGCCAGCCACCGGGGCCACCAUGGUGGAUGAGAACAACCUGUCCAGAUACUUCUACGCCAUAUCUGACAUCAAAGUGCAAGGAAGGUGCAAGUGCAACCUUCACGCCAACAGCUGCGUCUUUGACAAAGAGAAACUGAGUUGUGAGUGCGAGCACAACACCACGGGCCCCGACUGCGGGAGAUGUAAGAAAAAUUACCAGGGCCGAGCGUGGAGUGCGGGCUCCUACCUUCCCAUCCCGAAGGGAACAGCAAAUAUCUGUAUUCCCAAUAAUGUUGGUCCAGUUAUUCGGCCGAAUGUUUCAUCCCUAGGGGUUGCUAACCGAAAUCAAGACUGCGAAUGCUCCGGCCACUCCAACCGCUGCAGCUACAUCGAGCUGCUAAACACGGUCAUUUGCGUCAGCUGUAAGCACAACACUAGAGGGCAGCACUGCCAGUUGUGCAAGCUGGGCUACUACAGAAACGUCUCAGCAGAGCUGGACGAUGAGAAUGUUUGCGUAGACUGUAAUUGUAAUCCCUUUGGCUCAGACAGUGAUCGCUGUAAUGGCACAGGAUUUUGUAAAUGUAAGGAGGGAACAACAGGGGCUAAGUGCCAUGACUGUCUUCCGGGAUAUUUGUGGGACAAUGGCUGCAAAUCCCAAGUGUGCAACAACGAGCUGAUGCGCUGUCAGAACGGCGGCGUCUGCCACAACAACCUGCGCUGCCAGUGCCCGUCGGCCUUCACCGGACUGCUGUGCGAGAAGCGUCGGUGCGAGGCCGAGGCCGGGGGCUGCGGGGGCCCCGACUCCAGCCGGGCCUCGCUCCCCCGGCCCCCGCGCCUCCUCCUGCUGCUGCUCCUGCCCCUCGGCCCCGCCCUGUUGAGAGCCGCCUGCUGGCCGGCGGCGCUCUGAAGCCGCAGCGAUGGAGGAACCCCCCGAAAAACACCACGAGCGUACGAGCGGCCCACCCGACCCAGGCUGUCAAUGUCAAUACGGAAUGUGCCAGAAUGAAAGCAAACUAUAAUUUGAAACAAAAAAAAGAGUAAGUAAAUGAAUAAAAUAUUGAAAUGAUACAAAUAAAUACAUUUAAAAACAGAAAAAAAAACUAAAGAUAUAUUUAUCAAACUAUCUUGAGCCUUUGCUUCGUAAAAGCCGACGAGCGAACAGAGACCAGUGAACUAAGCCAUACUAGAUACCAUUCCCCAAGAGAGGAUCCGGAGAUGAAAGACUGUUUUUCCUCAAUCUUGCCACGGCAUCUGCAGCUGCAACCUCUCGAUGGCGGUCACGACAACGCCAGAGCACUCUGGUGCUUUUGAAUAAUGUGUUGGCUGGGUUGCUUCGGGGCUAAUCUGACGUGAAGCAAUGUAGAAAUGUCCAGUUUGUGUGGACCGACACUGAAAUUAAACUCAAGCAUUCUUUGCUGUCAGUGCAUUGUGGAUAUAAGGAAAAUCACAGUGACUGCCACUUUUGAACUGCGACCUGCGACCUGCAUCAGUCCCGCCCACUUCUUCCUCCGCCCCCGGUCUCCCUCCCCGCCCCCUCUUACCUGUGCUAUUGUGAAAGUUACUCCUGUAACCCUCGUUGGUUGAAAGAUUUUUUGUCCAAUGUUAGUGACGCACAUGUGUAAUAGCCCUGCCCCCUCCCACCCAAAAAAAGUAAAAAGAGCAACCCCAUGUUCUUCUUUUACCUUAGAAGCACUGCAUCAAUAGAGAUCAUCGCAAAGAUGCUAGUGUCCACAUGAGCAGAAGAGCUUAGAAAAAAAUCAGUGUAUUUAAUUUUUGUAUUUAAAGAACAAGUUAUUUUCUUGAUGAAGCAAAACCAUGUAAUGCAUAUACAUUUUUGUAUUAUUGCCGAUAAGUGUUAAAAGGCAACUUGUUAAUAUAUUUAAUCAUUAUGAGAAGGAAGAAAAUAAGAAAUGGUUUAGUUUUUAUUUCUAUUUAAUUUGGUUGUGCAGAGCUUCCUCUGUAUUGGCAACGUGCUGGCAUCAAAGAAUAUCAGUUUACAUAUAUACUAAAGUGUAAUAAGAUUCCACCAAAGGACAUUUAAUUGUUUUCUUGUUGCUUUAACACUGGAAAAUUUAAGUGAAUAAAAUAUAUUGAGGAAAAA